AUUUUUUUGAGCAGUGUAUUUUUGUUCAGUGUAUCAUUGGGUAUGACAGUUGAACAAAGCUUAUGCGACAUUAAGUAAUAUUUCUCAAGAAUCAAUGGGUUCGCUAUAUUAAUGUAAAAUUCCAAACCAUUUCAGGCAGAAUGAUUUAUUCUUUUUGAAACGUACUGCCUUUAUUUAUGGACUGGGCAGUGUCCGUGGGCGGGGUUUUGGUUGUGAUUGACACGUUGUUGCGGUAGUAGGAAGUGGGAUUUACCAAAUCAUCACUGUGCUUGAAUAUUUGUUCCAGGGAUUGUUAACUAUAUUGAAUGUUGGCCUGAUUUUAAACUGUGCAGAGAGAUGUCUCCUGAUGAGCUGGUCUACUUGGGAAUUCUCGCUGCUUCCAUCCCUAUCGGGUUCCUAUUCCGGUACCCGAGUCCUCCAGUGAAGCAGGGGGCAGCGUUGCUCUUGGGCCUCUCGAUCACCAUAGCAACCUGUCAGGUCCAUGCCCUCCACUCGCUUGUGACAGUGCUUGGAACAUGGAUCAUCAUCAAGAGCAGCUGGCGGAGUGCCCCAGCUCUCUCUCUGGCCUGGACCUUCCUCUACCUCCUCUUCUUCAGACUGGUCACAUGGUUCGGCCUGCCGCCGCCAACACCCUUUGCCAACGCCAUCCAGCUACUCCUCACUCUGAAGAUGGUCAGUCUGGCCAAUGAGGUGCAGAGUUUUCACCUGGAGAAGAAACAGGAAGUGAGCUCAUUUUCUAAGUCUCCUGUGGUUGGUGGACUGUCCCAAGAGCCUUCCCUCUAUGAUAUGAUAGCCUAUAGCUACUGCUAUGUGGGUAUAAUGACAGGCCCGUUCUUCCGGUUCCAAACCUAUGUGGACUGGCUGAGGCAGCCCAGCUCCUUGGACCUUCCUGGCUGGGUACCCUGCAUGCUGAGGCUGAGGUUGGUGCCUGUCUACGGAGCUCUGUUCCUGACCGCCAACAUGUACUUCCCCCUGGCAUACGUCCGCACUGAAGAGUUCCUGGAACAUCACUUUUUCUUCAGGUUGUUCUACAUGACGGUGGUGUUCUUUGUGUUCCGGAUGCGGUUCUACGCUGCAUGGUGUGGGGCAGAGGCUGGCUGCAUCAGCGCAGGACUGGGCUGUUACCCAGAGGGGGCGCUCUCCAAGCCGGGAGGGGGUCCCACUGUCAACUACAGCCCUGACCCUGAAAGUCCGGUUGUGUACGACUUCAAAACCAUCCAGAACAUUGACCCAUACAACACUGACUUCUGUGUGAAGGUCCGACACGGGAUGCGCUACUGGAACAUGACUGUGCAGUGGUGGCUGCAUCACUACAUCUACCCCAACUCCCCCUUCAAGGCUUACGCACUCAAGGCUGGAUGGACCAUGUUCAUCAGUGCAUACUGGCACGGGCUUCACGCUGGCUACUACCUGUCAUUCCUCACCAUUCCUCUGUGUAUUGCGGCUGAGUCGGCCAUGGAGGCGUCGGUCAGGGCCAAGCUGGGGCCCCGGGGUCAGAGUGCCUUCGACUGGGUCCACUGGUUCCUCAAGAUGAGGGCCUAUGACUACAUGUGUAUGGGCUUCGUCCUGCUGAAGGCCAGCGACACCGUCCACUACUGGACCUCCAUCUACUUCAUCAUCCACAUCAUCGCCCUGGCCUGCAUUCUGUUCGGGAGGCUGAUGAAGGGAGGAAAGAGGGAGAGAAAGAAGAGUGAAAAGGAGGAGAAAAUUGAGGGGGAGAAGAAAGAGGUGAAGCAAGAGGACGUGAGAGAGAAGACAGAGUGAGAAUGGAUUGAUGGAUGGGAGGAUGUACUGUAUGGGGAGGAUAGGUUUACUAAAGAACUACUAUUCCCACAAUGCGCUGUCUGUCACUGAUCUGUAUGGGUCACUUUUGUCCGUUAGGUCCAGUGAUGUCUCCCCUGGUAGAGAAGAGUUAUGUUCAAUCCCAAACUGGCCCCUAGACCCUACUAGGGUUGGAUUUGCAGUUGGUAGGUAGAAUAGAUGAAGUUGUAGGAUUUCCCUAACCAGGAGACAUCAUUGGACUUCUAGCUGAAUACAGUGAAUCCUUAUGAACAUUGUUGUAACCCAGUAACAGUUGCCAUGGUGAUAUUUCAUUACAAACCACGUGUACAUACAGGUAUAAUUGGGUGAAAGAAUGUUUGCUUAAUGAAUGUUAUUUGAUGUGUGAGUGGCAAAAAAGUUCAGGGGGAUUGAGAUUAUUCAGCUACUUCACUUGUGCGUAUGUGUGUGAUUAUUUCAAAUCACAGUCAAUUUUCAUACAAAUAUACUUCAAUUAGUUUAGAGGACACAAAAUUGUAUGUUCAAGAUGCUGCCUUGAAACAGAGUAUAAAGUACUGUAUAACCACAGCGGCACAUCCCUUGAAUCCAUUCAUAGAGCAAGGACUCAAUUUGAACUGGGAUGUAAGUAUGUUACUCAGUCUGUAUUUUUGGCUAAAUCUCUAAUCCCAUUGACAUCAAAGCAUGAUUUACUCAAAGUUAAAUACAAGUCACAGGCAUUUAUCUCAAGCCAUAACCAGAUCAACAAUUUCAUUUUCCCGGGGCAACAAGAUUUUCUGCUUCUUUAUAUUUUCGAGUUUUCAUUGAUCAGACCGUUCCUAUGAUCAGUUAUAGAAUAGUGCAGAAAAGUGAACUUUGGAUAGCCAUGAGUACAUACUGAGUUAUACUUGGCUAGUUUUAAAACGCAUAUAGAGGAUCCAGUCAUAAUGAAUGUGGCAGUUGUAUACGUUCUCUUUCCUCAACAUUCUUAUUAGGUUUUAUAUUAUGAUAAGAAGAUGAUCAUUUAUCCCUUAUCUCCAAGUUGAAAGAACACAAAUUCUGUCAUUAUUAAGUGGAGCCAUCCUCAGUGAUUUGUUCUCAGAGUAAAGACCAAGAAACUUGAAAUAACUUUCACUGUGUCAAGAGGGGCUACUGGAACCAAAAAGACCCGUGCAAAUUUCAGAAUGGAAUCUGUGGUUUAGAAAAAUACAUAAAUUGCUUAAGGUAUUUGCUAUGUUGAUUUUAAUCUGAAUUUAUUUUACUGCAUUAUUUAAAACGUAGUUUUGGGUGAUCUUUUGAUUUGACUUGGCCUGUAAAUGAGCAUUUUACUCAUAUCUCUUCUUUACAAAAAUGAUCUGUCCUGCAUUCCGUAGUUAUUUGAUUAGUAAUCUCUUGUGGACAGAUGCACAUAACAUAAAUAGAGCAUCUGCUGCAAUUACGCCAGAAUGGAGUUCUGGGUGUCAGAUUAUUUGAUUAGAGAUGUAAUUAUAUACUGUAUGGUGAAUAUUUAUUUAUUGUUCUUUGUUGUUGUUUGUGUGUCACUGGCUACAUCUCAAAUGACACCCGGCUGUUCCCCAGACAAUGCACUACUUUUGGUCAGACCUGGGCCAAAAGUAGUGCAUUCUAUUAGGAAAUAAGUUGCCUCAGUCAGAACAUUUUGGCAGUGACUGAGGACUGACUGACUGCUACGGUAAGGACCUACCUUACCAGUCAGUCCUCAGCCACUGCCAAAAUGUUUGACUGCCAUCUUAUUACAAAUGUAAUGGUAUUUCAAAUAUAUAUAUAUUGUGCUGACAGUAGAAUACAAAAAGUGAUUUGGAAUUAUAUUUCUUGUAAUUUAAUUGACUAGAUAGCAUGGAAGCAUUGUAUUAUUAUUGUUUACCACAAUCUGAUAUAGCCAAACCCUCCCUCCUUUUCCUUGUGCCAAAACCCGAGCCCCGAAGAAACGACUCCCUUGUGUUUUUUUUAUCAGCCAACUCAUUUCAGUACAUGACCAGUAUAGAAAACAUUCCUUGAUGGUUGCUUCUCCAUCUUUCUCUCUGUCACAUGUAAUAUUUCUUGUGUAUUUUUGUUUGUUUCUGAAUGGUUUCACCUUGAUGAUUGUAACUCUCCCUGCCUUGUAACAGUUCAGUGUUACCAACGGAAUACAUGUCUCAGAUAUUCAACACG